AUGGAAUGGAUACACUGCAAGAAGAACCGACUGUCGCUGAACCCAUGGCUGAAUGCUGGUUGGUCGGUCCGAGGAACGAGCCCUGGCGAUUCCGGAGGCGGCUCACAGCAAAUUAGCGAUGCUGAACUGAACCACAUUCGGGAGGUGCUGAUGCGAGCAGAGGAAAUCCAGUUGGUCGAGCAGAUACGCAUAAGGUACGUAAGCAUUUCGACUUCAACGUACCGUUAG